AGACUCCCCUGAUAUCCCAUUCUCUCUCCCCCGGACCAAACAGGGUCUUCCUCCAUUUCCCCUACCGAUCGAUGAGAUCAGAGCAAGUUCUCAUCAUCUCUAUUUAGUACCUACUUCUUUCCCCCCCUCAAAACAAGUCCUCAAACUUUUCCUAUCCUUCACUUCCACUCCAAAUCUGGACACCUCUCUUAACUUUUAAGUCCUCCACGUGUCCCCCUUGGCUUCUUGAUCAUCGCCUAAUAUGAUGAACCAAGCCCAAAACAACGGUGGCUAUCCUUCUGCUCCUCCUCGUCGGAGCUUCUCCAUGAACCCCAACGAUAUGUUCCACGGCAGCCUCAUGGGUUUCGCCCCGCCGCCGCCUUCUUUCUUCUCAUCGUACCCUCCGAGCAACGCACCGGCCGCGAUGUCCAACUUCUACUACAACCACCACCAACAAGAAUUACCAGCUGUUCAUCACCAGCUGGCGGCGGCGCCGCCGCCGCCUCUCCUGCCUCUCCCGGCCACCGCCCCCAUCGGCAGGCCCCACCACGGGUCCCUUCCCACGGCUAAGAAGCCCAGCCGAGGUGGCAGGAAGCCGAGAAAGCCGGCGAAAAGAUCGGACGAGCCGAAGCACGCGAACGCUCCUGCUGCUGCUGCUGCCAAUCCUAGUCAGCUUCCGUAUAGGAAGGACGUCUUCCCGAAGGUUCCGGCAGCUGUCAAGGAAAUUCCUGCCUUGUCCCUGGCGGACGAGGUUUUGAUCAGCAUGCUAGCUCCGCCGCCCAGCAGCCUGCCGCUGCCGAGGUUUUCCCUCAGGCCCAAGAGGCUGAGCAGCUGCACCGCCGAAGCCGCCGUUAGUGACAACGGGCCGGCGGAUCGUUUCCGCCAGAUUCUCAGGCUCCGAUGAUCGGAAGGGCUCGGCCGCCCGGCGUUAUAAAGUAUCGUCAUCUUGCUUCGAUUUGUCUGGUUUAAUCUUCUGUGUUGACGUGGGCUUUUUUUUUUUUUUUCUUUCUUUUGUUUGUUACUUUGUUUUGGUUUGUGAUCCACCGCCCAAGUAUUUUUUAAGGAAAUGGGCGGUGCUGCGCAAGCUUUACGGAAGGGUUUACUUUAUUAGAACGUAUCGCCCUCGUAAUUCCCUAGCUCGGUUUUAUUUUUAAAAGUAUCCGAGUUUGUAUUUCUUUUCUUUUUCUUGUUUUUUUUCCCCCUCUUUCUAAACAACGAAGAUGUAUCCAAUAGUUGGCACUUGCUUUGUUUUUGGGUAAUUGUCUAUGUUGGAAAAUUAUCAAUAAUAAUAAUGGUAGUUCUUUUGU